GUGGCAGAGCAUCCUCGGAGGGAGGCGUGCUAGCUAGCUUAACGAGCUAGCCGAAUGGGUAACGCGCCCACCGCGGUGAAGCACUGCCUGAGCUAUGGGGCUCUCGCAGGGGAUUCUCCCUGGCUGCCAUGGCUACUGCAGGAGAAGAAGGGCCCUGACAUACACAAGUUUCCAGACUUUGUCAAAAUCGUGGAGGUCGGGCCAAGAGAUGGACUUCAGAACGAGAAGGAAAUGGUGCCGACAGAGGUCAAAAUCCAGCUAAUAGACAUGCUCUCCCAGACGGGCCUGUCUGUGAUCGAGGCCACUAGCUUUGUGUCCUCAAAGUGGGUCGCUCAGAUGGCAGACCACACUGAAGUGCUGAGAGGGAUUAACAAGUUGCCUCAUGUCAGAUACCCGGUCCUGACGCCCAACCUCCAGGGCUUCCAGGCAGCCGUCGAUGCAGGAGCGAGCGAAGUGGCCGUGUUUGGUUCCGCUUCUGAGACUUUCAGCAAGAUGAACAUCAAUUGCUCCAUCGAGGAGAGCAUGCAGAGGUUCGAGCAGGUCAUCGCUGCGGCCAAACAGGCAGGCAUACCGGUGCGGGGCUACGUUUCCUGCACUCUUGGCUGUCCGUAUGAAGGAGACGUACAACCGGCCCAAGUAACAAAGGUGGUGAAGCGGCUGUUGGAGCUGGGCUGCUAUGAAGUGUCUCUAGGGGACACGACUGGCACAGGCACGGCCGGCUCCAUGGCCGCAAUGCUACGCGCCGUGACCACAGAGGUGCCUGUCCACGCUCUGGCCGUCCACUGCCACGACACUUACGGCCAGGCCCUGGCCAACAUCCUGACCGCACUGCAGAUGGGGGUUUCUGUGGUGGAUUCCUCAGUUGCAGGCCUUGGAGGCUGCCCAUACGCCAAGGGGGCAUCCGGUAAUGUUUCAACAGAGGACGUCGUGUAUAUGCUGCACGGACUGGGUAUCGAAACGGGAGUGGAUCUGUCCAAAGUCAUAGAGGCAGGAGAAUUCAUCUGCCGAGCUUUAAACCGACCCACCAGCUCCAAAGUUGCCCAGGCUACUAGCAAGUCUAAGCCAUCGCUCAACACGUCAGACUAA